UCCUGCUCGCAGUUUAUCGAGUGUAGACGUGUUUAAUUAAUAAAAUAAUUAGACUAUCACUUAUAAAAGUCAGAAUAUAGUGGUGAGCUGUUUCAUAGAUUAGGAAGUUUUGUGUUAUCAAAAAUGUCGACGAAAUACUACGUCGUAAAUUUUCUGAACGAAGAUAAGCCGGAGUACCGAGUUGUGCUAGAUAAGCCAGACUGCGUAGUCGUGCCGGAGUCGUGGGUAAAAUACCAUUAUUCAGAUUACACAGUCGUAUUAGUUUACCCCGACGAGGUGGUUAAUGAAGAAAGUGUUAGGAACGACGAGACACCGGCGGCCGGCUGGAAACAAUAUCUCUGCCAAAUAAUAGAUAUAUGUGAUAGCUACAACGAUGCAAAGAGUGCUGCUAUGCAGAAAAAUGAAGGUAGAAAGAGAAAAACAUCGCAAAUGAACGAUAGAGAGUCAAUAGAAGUAAAACGAGAUGAUAAUUGCAAGAGAAGGCGUACCAUGAGAAGUACAGCACACGAAAUGAACACCUCAAACACGCAAACUACUCAAGAGUCCAACAACCUCGAAAAAGUUUUCACGCAAAUGACACAUUUCUUACGCAGUCUCAUUGACAGCGCUACGUUAAUGUUAAACUCUGUUAACGAGUGCACUAAUGUUAACACUUCAAUGUUAAAUGUUAACAAAGACGAGUGCACUAAUGUUAACACUUCAAUGUUAAAUGUUAACAAAGACGAGUGCACUAAUGUUAACACUUCAAUGUUAAAUGUUAGCAAAGACACUAGUGUUAAUACAAAUUCGUAUACGAAAUGGACGUUGCUGCAUCAACACCCUGGCCCAGGAUUGACUGAGCUGAUGGAAAACUCUAAAAUAUACGUUGUCAAAAACAAAUUGGAUCAAUAUACAAAGGAAGCGAACUCGUCCACAAAUUUGAUACGUACAGUGUUGACAUUAAUUUUAACCAGCCUGCAUUGAAGAAAUGCUCUCUAUCCGGCAAAGAUUUUAGGUUAGACAGCCAUGCGGUCAAUGCAUUGUUCGGUUACGUAAAACACAUUGGGAGUAAAAGAGGAUGGGGUGAUGUUAUAGAAGAAGACUUUAAUAAUUGCGUACGAAAUAAAUUAACAGAAGUGAAACGGCAACGUGUCUAACAUUCUACUGUGCUCGCCAUUCUAAUACAUUGGAUGUUAAGUCUCAUAUCUAUACACUUUAUAAAACAAAGUCCGCUUUCCU